CGAUUGAAACGAACAAUACACCACCUUCCAUUACCUUCCGCGUCUCUCCUUUUCUUCUACAACAAUCCAUAUCCCUACCCAUAAUAAACUUCAAGCCUUGACAUACACCACCAUGGCAUGGUACUCACUUCUUCCGCCCGACUUUCUCUAUAUUGAAAAUUGGCUUGUGCGAGUCUUUAUAUUUCUCGGCUUUGUCACUAUACUCCCUUGGGUUACAUUACUGGUCUUCGACAUAUGUCUGUACAUAUGGCGGAUGGUGAAAUAUGAAUUCCCCCUCAUCGGCGGACGAGCGAGGGGUAAGCAGCGACCGCGAGCCCCGAGCUUGAACGAGAGGCCGGAUGGGCAGCCUAGGGUCCUGGGGCUGGGGACGGGGGCCAUAGUCAAUGACAUCGGAGAUGGGGGGAUUGCAAGCGUGGAGAAAUUACGAAGCAGAGGGCGGAGGUAUGAGGGAGACGAGGACACCUGAGCGCAUUUGGCGUCUCCCCGCUUCUGUGUUGCGAGAGCUCUGCUCGCCUCCCGGUGAGGCUAUUUUCCUUCAGUCUUGUCGAAUUUUGGAUUUAUGCUGCCUUGGAUGAACUCUCUGACUGCCGAUUGGCUAUCGCGUGGAAGGGAAGGUGGAUGGAUGCCUGUGCUCAGGUGGCAGUUGGAGGGAGGUCUGCAUGUAUGGACAAAGUGACUGGCGACAUGUUUGAAAUUCGUCUGUGUAUAUUGAUACCCUGU